UUAUUACACUGUUAUGUUGUACAAUCAUUACAUACCACCAGAAAAUACACAUUAUAUUCAUAUAAUGCAUUAGUCUAUGUGGAACUUUAUUUUUCCUCCACCGUUAUUUCUAAGCCUUAAAUGGCGUAUCACAGACCACAUCAGGCACAUCUGUGAUGUAUCUGCCUGUUUUACACUCUUUGGCCACCAGAUGCCAUUGUGAGCAAAUGAAGCCUCGAGAAAUGAACCCUUUAGUGAACCACUAGGCUGAAAAGCUUCGAUGCUUCAUGAGGCUUCAUCUCGCCACCACUACCUAUUCGUUCGCCUAUUGUUUUUACCUACUAUAUAGUAUGGAAGUAUGCGAUCUCGGGUUCAGCCUUGAGUAUGCCAUUUCGGAUGCAGCCACUAUACUGCAAAAUGGCGUAGCGCGAUUUGGGACGCACGAAGAUACACCUCUCAGAAAACGUUUUAGAUGUUUUUAAAAUUACUUUUUGGAGCACUGGGGUCGCCAGACGGUAGUUUAAUCUAACUUACUUUGUAUAAAAAACCUCAAAUUCGACCAAGGUCGAUAUUUUUCACUUCUUUUGCCUGUAGCUCAAAAUUAGACCGUGCGCAUUGCGACUCAUUUAGCACACUGGUGAGCGCAGAAUAGGAAUAUACAACUUGCAAAGUUAUAUGAGAGGAGAAAAAGAUCUAACUUGCCAUUUAGUUGAUAUUCUGGUUUCUUGUGCUUGUCUUCGCGCAGAGUAGUGUAGUAAUAAAGUCACGGCAAGAUAUUUAAAUCACGAUAAAGAUACUCAAACGCCAGCUAUAAAAAAAACACCGCCCUCGCCGUGUCUGUGUGGCGGGUCGCAAACCACCCUCCGACCCUCGCCGUGUCUGCAUGGAUUUUUUAGUUUUUACGUCACCCAUGCAAGUUUAAUUUGCCACCCAGUACAGUAGGUGGCGAACGUGCUCAUAGUUGUUCUCGCCAUUGAACCAAAAGAAGAAAAAAAUUGUUUCGAUGAACAUUAAACUGCGUAACGUAACCAGAAAUUGAGAAAAAGGUCAAGAGAGAACGUCUUUAAGACAGAUCUGUUUCUCCAAGCCACACAGAGAUCAAGAUUCAUACCUUCAGUGAAGCCGGAAUAAUUUCUAAUGUUACAAAUGAAGAGGUACUUCAUUCAAAAGUAGGAAUAACACUUGAAAAGCGAGUUAUGUGUGACGCAGUCCUGUUAAAAUUCAUUAAAGAGGAGAGUGAAGACAUUAGAGACACCAGCGCAGUGAAAAAUGAAGAUACUGCAGAACAAAGAGACCUUAUGGAACUGGAAGAAACAUGGGUAUCAGUAUGUCCUCGUUGUGGAAAGGCAUUUAGAAGUAAAGAGCAACUUGUGAAGCACAAAAGAAUCCACACUAGAAAAAAGCCUUUCACCUGCACGCAGUGUGAGAAAAGUUUCCCAAGCAAAGGAAGACUUGCUGAUCAUAUGAAAAUUCACUCUGCAGUGCGUCCAUACACCUGUCCUCAGUGUGAAAAGAGUUUCACACAUAAAAGUCAUCUUGUUGUCCACAUGAGAGUUCACACUGGAGAAAAGCCGUACACAUGUCUGCGGUGUGAAAUGAGUUUCUCAACAAAAGGAAAACAUACUGAACACAUGAGAACUCAUACUGGAGAGAGGCCAUACACGUGUCUUCAGUGUGGAAGGAGGUUUAGACAAAAAUUUAGUCUAGAUACCCACAUGAAAAUUCACACUGGAGAAAAGCCAUUCACGUGUCUUCAGUGUGGAAAGAGUUUCAGACAAAACAGUGGUCUUUGGGCCCACAUGAAAAUUCACAAUGGAAAGCGCCUGUAUUCAUGCCUGCAGUGUGAAAAGAGUUUCACGCAAAAUAGCCAUCUUGAGAUCCACACGAGAAUUCACACCGGAGAGCGCCCGUGCACAUGUCCUCAGUGUGGAAAGCGUUUCAGACAACAAAGUAAUCUUAAGAUCCACAAGAGAAUUCACACCGGAGAGCGCCCGUAUGCAUGUCUUCAAUGUGAAAUAAGUUUCACACAAAAACACAGUCUUGAUAAGCACGCAAGAAUUCACGCUGGAGAGUGCCCAUACGUAUGUCUUCAGUGUGAAAUAAGUUUUGCACAAAAAAGACAUCUCGAGAAACACGCGAGAAUUCACGCUGGGGAAAAGCCGCACGCAUGUCUUCACUGUGAAAAGAGUUUUAAACACAAAAGUGUUCUUAAGAACCACAUCAGAAUUCACACUGGAGAAAAGCCAUAUGCAUGUCUUAAGUGUGGAAAGAGUUUCAGACAAAAAGGUCAUCUAGAGGAACACAUGAAAACUCACACUGGAGAACGGCCUUACUCGUGUUCUCUGUGUGGAAAGAGUUUUAAACACAAAAGUUAUCAUAAGAAACACAUGAGAAUUCACACUGAAGAUGAUGUAUAAUGUAAAAGCAAUUCAGAGGACCAUGUAAGAAUUGACACUAUUACAGUCCUCUGUGGAAAGAGUUUCACACAAAAAGGCAGUCUUGAGUCGGAGCCUUGUGGCCGUGUGGACAGUGCGACCCCAGUUCAAGUCCCGGCUCGUGGUCCUUUCCCGAUCCUGCCCUCUCUCCUCCCCAUCACUUCCUGUUUGUCUAUACUGUCCCUGUCAAAAGAAGGCAGUCUUGAGAAACGCACAAGAACUCGAGACGUAGAGCGCUCCUAACCAUGUCUUUUGUGUUUAACAGUGGCUCCGUUCUCACCGUCAGUGUUUAGGGUUGACAUUACAUUUCAUUACACAUUUUAUUUGGACUAAGAAUGUCAUGUGGUGGUGACGUACAUAUUGCAACAUGCAGGUUUUCUGUAUUUACUUUGUGCAUUUACUUAGAUCAUUAUAGGAAAAGUCUGUGAUGUAACAUUAUAGAUUUUAGCAUUUUGAUUCGUAUUCUUUUAUUUGACCUGGUGUUGCAUUUUAAGUUGUAUUUCAUAAUUUCAUUUAUACAAUGAGAAGGAAAAUAAAACUUAUAAGACAACAAACGUGUUUCUUUUU